CGGGGGUUCAGCUGCAUGCAGAGGACAUUGCUGGAGGAUUGGCAAACUCUUGACAAUGAUCGAGGAGGACAGCGAGCAGCUGGUAGAAUGGUUGUUGGGGACUUCAUCCCUCUCGCCGGCGGAGCUGUGUAGACAUUUCGUCAACCGUGCAGCCGAGAGAAUGCAGGAAACAAGGGAGCCUGAUAUAAAGGACUUGACGAGGGACGUGAGAACCGCUCGUCUGUUUCUAAGCCUUGUCAGAGAGAGCCAGGAUGUGGAAGGUCUCGGAUCAGUCGCUACUGAUCUCCUGCAGAAAGUCUGUAUUCCCUACCUGAACGUCCUGUUAGACAAUUGCUUGACUGGUCCAGUUGUUCAGGAACUAGCAGAGACUGCAGCAGUUGCACUACUGAGCCCCCACCUCCCACCAUCUGCAGUGGAGGAGACACUAAGGGAAAGCCUCUCUCCACUCCUCACCUCAGGAGACUCAGCUGAAAGACUGGCCAUCCUCAACAGCUUCCUCUGUCACCUGUUCUCCAGAGCCAAGCCAGAGAACCUGGAGACCCUGCCGGGGGUCUCAGAGCAGCUGUCGGCCAUUUUCCUUCUCCUGCUCUCCCUCCUGGACCAUGCCUCCACUGCCACCAGCCACCUCAUCCUCUCCUCCCUCCUCCCUCUCUUCAUCACUCCCUCCCAUCCUCUCCGUCUCUCCGCAGUGUGGUCACUGGUACAGGAGGUGUGGAGUGGGAGGAGAAUUAUAGAGCAGACCCCUCUGGCCUUCCUCCUCUCCCUGCUCUGCUGCUUCUCUGAUGUCCUCAUUUCUCGAGACCACACCUCUCCCUUCCUCUCCGUGUUUCCGUCUCUCGUCACCAACCUUUGUCCUCUGCUUGACGUGAGGAGAGAGGGAGUGUUCUGGGAGGUGUUGUGGGCGGGGCUCCGCAGCUCAGACCCUCUGGACAGGAAGAGAGCAAUGUACCUCCUCCACAGAGUCCUUUCAUCAGUGAGAAUGGGAGGAGGGGAGGUGGUGAGUGUGGGAGGGGUGUUCUGGUGGAAGCCUCAGAGUGCAGCUGUGCUCACUGAGGUAUGGGAAGACCUCGUCUUACUGCUGCACACAAUGGAGGAGAAACAGGUACAUAUUGUGAAGCCAGUAAAGAGCAGAAUGAAGAACAUUGCUCGUGCCACAACAACCUUCGUUGAUGGACUGAGUGUGCUCCACGUGUCGUGGCUGGAGUUGGCUUUGGAGAGAGUGUUCCUUCAUUCCGAGGCCAAGUCGAUCGUGAGGUGGGGUGUCUGCGAGGCUCUCUCUUUGGACCUUGCCUCCUCCCCUCUCCUCCUCCCUACUCACUGGCAGUUUGUCUACGGUCCUCUCCUGAAUGCUCUCUCCAGUGCCAAGCUAUUUUGCAGGGACUCACCCACCGACCUUCGACCAUCAGUUGCGACUCUAUUUUCGUCAUUUCUGGAGAAGUUUGUCUCUGCUCUGUCACCAGAUCUGAGAGGAGACUUUCUGCACGGCCUUUUAGUCGCCAUUGAAGCCAGCAACAUGAGUGAUACUCCAUUCCUUCACGUGACACACUCCCUUUCCCUCCUCCCUCCCUCCCCUCUGCUCUCUCCUUCUUCUCUGAUUGUGUUGAGGUCCAUGGCAGGUCAGCUAGACACACUGAGACCUCUCCUGAGGGCUGCUGUCAUGACAUUCCUCCUUACUGCCGCCGCUAAUCUCUCGGAUUUGUCAAAGGGUGUGGGUUGGCGAGAGGUGGCCAGUCUGUUGAGUGGUGUGGACGUUGCCUCUUGUCUUCCUUUCUCUUCCCACACAUGGAGGAAGAUGUGUGACUGGGUGACUGCAGUGAGUGCUGUAUGUGAGGAGCCCAUCUCCUUCUUCCUCACCAGCUCUCUGGGCUCUCUGCUGGACCCUGAGGUCAGGGGGUGGGACCAGGCCACUCCUCCCUCUCCCUCCUCUCCCUACUGGCAGUUGAUGCUCGACUCAUUUCUCGGUCGUCUCUGGAGACUCUGCUGGAGCCAUUGACAACAGUAGUGUCCUCAGCCAGUUACCGACCCUACCUCUCCUCCCACACCCUCACCUUCUCACUCCUCACACUUAACUCCUUCCUCUCUACAUUCCUCUCUGGCUCCAUUCUGUCACCUGACCUCUGGCAAGGAGGCCAGUCUGACACUGGGAGAUUGGUGUACGAUACCUUGUUGCCAUGGCUACCAGACAUGGCAGGGACUGUGGAGGGACUGCUGUUGAGAGGGACAGUGGGCGAGGGGCUUUCCCUUCCCCACCUUACCCUUCUCACCUCCUCCCUCUCCUCCCUACACACCUUCACCUCUCUCUAUGGCUUCUCUUGGUCUGGUGACAUAAGCCCCGCCCACAUGAUGAGCACAGCACUCCGUAACCUUCACUCUGCACUCUCGUCCAAUGACCAGGCGAGAAAGAAUGCAACACAUUUUUGGCAAACAAAGCGAGCAGUUCGACAUUUCUCAUGUGUUUUACGUUUUGUGCUCAAGAGUAUGCUCCUAUACACAGUGUGGGUCCUCUGUGCAACUGUAUAUUGCAUUUUGGUACAUGUGUACAGGAGUUGGAGCUGACGUGUGGAGCGGUAGGGUCGCUGGGCGCCGUAGGUUGGGUGUGUGAGAGGAACACUGAUCUUCCUCGCUCCACCCUCUCCUCCCUCCUCUCUCUCCCUCCCCACCUCUCUUUUCUCAAGCCCCCAGUCGCCUCGUGCAGUGAGGUUGGCGGCCAUUUUACCUACUUUCUCUCCCCUUAGUUCCCCAGUCCUCAGUCCAGUGGGUGUGGCGGCAUGGAAUGGGGACCACUGGUGGAGUGGUGCGAGGCCCAGACCUGGACUGCCACUCACUACUGUCUCCGUCACCAGUCCCAACGUGAGGCUGGUGACGUGAGGAGUGACGACGGGUGUAGAUGGGAGAUCUGUGAUAUCUGGGAGCUGUGUGCUGAGAGAGUGGAUUGUGUGACAGGUCGUCAGCUCCCCACAUUGCUGGACUGCCUGUGCCUGGCCUUGCCCUUCGUUGAAGUCAGUAACAUCUCGUCCACUGUUACCGGGUGCUGGAGGAUUGUGAAAGACUGUCUGUCGUCUCUACCUUCCUUCCUAUCUCUCCUUCUCCAUCCUCACAUUCUCUUCAGUUCUGACUCCCUACUAGUGGAGCUUGUAGGGAAGCUGUGUAGUGAGGUGUUGGAGCUCGGAGAGAGGAGAGCUGGACUGACUAAUUUCCUGGCCUCCACUCUGUGUGCUAGCUGGAGGGGAGAGUGGGAGAGAGGGGGAGAAGAGAGAGUGGUCCAGAGCCUACUGAGACACAGACAACUCAUUCUUGAGCUCUGCUGUUUCGGAGGUAUAGGCAUCAGGAGUAUGAGGUCACAGGAAGAUGGGGAGGAGUUUGUGCGGUUGCUAGGAGACCAAGUGGCAGCAAACUCUGCUGCCAACAGUUGCCUCCAUGGAGACUGCAGAGUGCGGCUGACUAUCCUAAGCUUCCUGGUGGGUGUGGCAUCAAGGCGAGGCUCCUCCCACUUCUUGUCUCAGUUCAGCAGAGAAAUCAUGGAGAAGCUGUCUGACCUGACUGCCACCAAGCCUCGCUACUUCAUCAAUUCCCUGACUCACCGCCGGAAACAGCGACUGCUUCAGACUCUUCUCCUUCUCCUGCCACACCUCCCUUCUGAGGGAGACGAGGAUCUGGCGGGGAGAACCCUGCAAUUACUGGGCUCUGACAACCAGCCGUCAGUCAGACACCUCCUGGAGUGGACAGCUAGUGUGCUCCUGGCCAGGCAGCCUCACCUCGUCUCCUCUCUACUCCUACCCGCCCUUCUCCCAGACUCACAGUUCAGGCUGUCACGGCUGCAGUCUGUGUUCACAGUGGCCCUCCACCUCACACAGGCCUGGGACCACGCACACACAGUGAGAUAUUGCAAGACUCUGUUGCCUCUAGUCUUUCCCUGGACCACAUGCCACCACUUCUUGGUACGAUUGUAUGCCCAGAAGACAGCUCAGGUUGUGUGGGAGGAGGGAAGGGAGGGAGAAGAGGGACAGUUGGAGGGUUUCAUCAACAGUUGCAUCAUGUUCAUGAGAGAGCACAGUGAUGCAGCGAGGUCCUCUCACAAGCUAGAGGCCAACGUUGGACUCUCUCUACUCAGACCUUUCUCUGACCUCAGUGUCCAGGCUUUGUUCGACUAUCUUCCUAGACUGUGUGGGGCGGUGGACAGUGAGUGUGUGAGUGUGGAGGAACUUCGCCAUUUCUGGGAGCAGUGGGGAGGAGGGGAGGGGGGAGUAGGUGAGAAGGUUCCACUCUAUUGCGACAAUGGUGCCCUGCGGGAAAUGGUGAAGAGGGGAGGUGUGGGGGGAGGGGAGGGAGGGAAAGGAGAUGAUACUCGGAGCAUAGCCCACCAGUUGGGGGUGGGGGAGGACGGAGUUGAGGGAGAAGGUGAUAGAGGAGACAUACAAAAGAAGAUCACUCGCUGGGCCAGUGGAGCAGGAGUUAUGGAGGAGUUAUUUCCAGGCCGACGGUUGCCAGUGGAAACAAGCAAGGUCGCUGGUGGAUUGGUAGUCGUGGCUUCUCUUCUCACCAAAAUCCCCAACUUGGGAGGACUGUGCCGUACCUGUGAGAUAUUUGGAGCGGGUCAGCUGGUGGUGAGCAGUCUCUCUGUGGUGGACGAUCCUCAGUUCUCAGCUCUCAGUGUCUCCGCGCAGCACUGGCUCAACAUAUCGGAGGUUCGUCUGCCCAAACUUCCCUCUUACCUACUGGCCAUGCGUCGUGCUGGGUACCAGCUGGUAGGAGCUGAGCAGACUGCGCAGAGCAAGUCCAUUACCUCCUAUUCCUUCCAACCACUCACUCUACUGCUACUGGGGAAUGAGAGGGAAGGCAUUCCAGUACAGCUGCUGCAGCUGUUGGAUGAAUGUGUGGAGAUUCCUCAGCUGGGGGUGAUCAGAUCCCUCAAUGUCCAUGUCAGUGGAGCUCUCCUGGUCUGGGAAUACUGCAAACAACACCUCCACACAUCUUCUACCUGACUCAAAUUCUUUUAGCUCGCCCAAAUCACAUUACUCUAGCUUACCCAACACACACUUCCAACACCGUUUUUUCCCAGCCAAGAAAGCUAUCCGUGCCGCACUUGUGCGUUUACAUAACUUAUGUGCUUAUAUUACUAGACAAAAUCUUGCAACGCGGG